UCGUGACCAAUACCGUGUUUUGCACACACUAACAUUUUUUGAGCUACACGCAAAAUUUUUGCGUACGACUCCAAAUUUUCUAAUGUUAAUUAAUUUUAAAUCUCAAGUGAAUUUCUGACAAAUUGCGUAUCUGAAGUGUAAAAGGGCCGACGAUAAAGUUGAAUAGUCACAAUUAUCCCAGUCACUCCCCUAAUCUGUCUACUUGAACCCUCGGUAUAAGAACGUGAAACGCCACUCGUUGCCCACUUUUUGUUGGACCAUGUUCAAACUAAUAUUGGUUUCAGCGCUUUUCGCUCUUGCAGCUGCGAGGCCCAAAAUCCGCACAGAGCUUCCCCAGUUAGACGGAAGAAUUGUUGGCGGAUUCGAUGCCUUCAUUGAGCAACUGCCCUAUCAAGUUUCUCUCCUGGUUUUGGACAGCCACAUGUGCGGCGGAUCAAUAAUUCGACCCGACUUAGUUUUGACAGCCGCACAUUGCACCAGCAAGUACCAACCCUCAGAGAUGAGCGUCCGCUACGGGAGCAGCAUAAGGGACCAAGCAGGCACCGUAGUGCCAGUGCUGUACAAGAAAGAUCACUACGAGUACGAUCCAUCCUCCAUGGAUUACGAUAUAUCGGUUUUAGUUCUCGUUGAUCAAAUAAUAAUGUCCGCAAGUGCCCAAGUUAUCCCACUCGCUUCCAGUUAUUCAGAAGGGGGCCGAGUUGGCCUUGUAUCGGGAUGGGGCGCACUUUCAACUGGUGGCCCAUCACCUUCACAAUUGAAGGCUGUUUAUGUGCGCGAAGUUGAUAGAAAGAAAUGCAACGAUGAUUACGAAGGCGCAAUUACCGAGAGAAUGAUUUGCUUCAUGGACACAGGCAAAGAUGCGUGCCAGGGUGAUUCCGGGGGCCCACUCGUCUCCUCCAAUGGUGAACUAAUUGGUAUUGUCUCAUGGGGAAUGGCAUGUGCCGAUCCAAGCCACCCUGGUAUUUAUUCAAAUGUUGUUGUUCUUAGAAGUUUCAUUGGUUGGUAGGUAAUCGUUUUUGUUUGAAUUGACCUUCAUGAAAAAUAUAUGUGCCAAUAAAGAAACUUUUCGUUUUGUUGCAA